CGGGUGUUUCAAUACAUAUUAGGAGCGCCGACAGCAUCGGGUGUCAAAUUAGGCUCAAUGACGAUGACAUACCUAAACCAGGGACAGCCCUACGAAAUCAGGCUUAAGAAGAUUUCCGAUAUUCCUAGCUAUGAUGGCAAAAAUCUCAGGACAUCCAUGCGCUUAGGUUUCGUAGAGAAGAGACUGCAGUAUAGGGAGACGGAAGAGAUGAUCAAUUGGUGUAAAAUGCACUCAAAGGACCGCAUAAUAGACGUGGACUUCGCCCUCAGUUACGGCGUUUUCGACGUCCAAAUCAAUAGUACAGCCAUUAAUUCAAUAGACUUCGUGUGGAACCCCAAUCGGGAGGCCUCCAUAUUCGUCAAACUGAACUGUAUAUCCACGGAGUUUACCUCUAAAAGGCAUGGAGGGGAAAGGGGUACACCUCUCAGGCUUAUUAUCGAUACGUAUGCGGCCGUACAGAAUACGCGACUCGAUUCCGCUCAGUGUUUGGUCAGUAUAUUAUGAUUUGA